CGAGUUCUCACUUGUUGUUUCUCUUGUUGUCGUUAAUGUCAAUGACAUUUAUGUUAAAUUAAUGAGAUUGAGAUCCGACCUGUAAGGACGCGUUACCUGUUGUUCGUUAUUUGGGAUUAUUCUUUGCUAACAAUUUUUAUACCAUAUCUUUUUUAGUCUGACUUAAAGGAAGGCAUUUUGGUGGACAGUGACAAAAUAUCGUCAUGAGGAAAUUUCAGAAUUGAUCUGUUCUGAUGUGCUGCAAGUGGGAGGUUUUUUUCUGCAACAGGAAGUGAUCUGUGGCGUUGAGUGAGUCUUUUGUUGAGAAGGGCUCUCUCUCUCUCUCUCUCUCUCUCUCUCUCUCUCUCUCUCUCUCUCUCUCUGCGAGUGAGUCAUGCGUGUGCACAGAUCUGCCAGGCUGCAGAGCGAGAGAGAGACAUCUCCUUCAUAAAGCUCUUUUCUCCUCUAUUGCUUGAACGCCAUUGCUGAAGAGGAGCAUCAACUUACUUCCCUCUAUUGUUCUUUCGGUUUUUUAACCUCCCAUGGAUUGUUUGAGUUGUGGUGUGUUUCUGGUUGUUGAGGUGGCCUAGUGCGUUGAGAGGGUUUGUAGCUUUUGCUUGAGCAGAUACCAUAGUGAGUCGCCGCCGCCACCACCACCAGCACCACCACAGGUACCGUCACUACAGCUCAGCACCGACAGGACAGAUACAGGCUUACUUGUACUUUUCUAUCCGUGAGACUUUUUCGGCUCAGACAUGCCAGAGGAGCGGCCAGCGAGCACGGCGUUGCUUGUGCCCGUGCGCGUAUAGGCACACGGAGCCGGGGGCAUGCUGCAGCGCGCCAAGUACAAUCGCUUCCGCAAUGAGUCGGUGACAUCUGUCGACGAGCUGCUGUUGCACGGCCUUCCAAUGAAUGCCAAGGUGCCUGCUGGCGCCCCGGCGCCUGCUCCGGAGCCGCCGUAUGCGCCCGCUGCCGAGGCCCUGCCCCAUGAAACAGCGGAGGACUCGGGCACCGCCCUGUGCACACUUAUCAACAAGGUGUCCAGUCUUAAAUUCACCAACUCCUCUGGCCUGCUGGGCAUCAAAGGCCUGCCAUCAGCUGUCAAGGACCUAGCUGUGUCCAAACUUCAGGGAGGAGGAGGAGGAGUAGGAGGGGGAGGGGGAGCAGGAGGAGGGUCCUCGAGUAGCCCGGCAUCUUCCUCCAGCCUCUUGGUGGCCACUGGGGGCAUCUCGUGCGCUUCUGCCACCUCUGGCCACCACGAGCCAGGCUCCAUGAGCACGGGGAAGAAGGGAAGGAUGGAGGAGGCACAGACCGGUGGAGAGGACUGGCACGCAGGUGGUGUGGGUGGCACUGGAGGAGAAUGCGCAGGCCUGGUGAAUAAACCCUCAAGAGGAUGGCUACACUCCAGCGAUAAGAUCGCCGGACCUGGAGUGACGUACGUUGUAAAGUAUCUGGGAUGCAUUGAAGUGCUUCGGUCCAUGAGAUCCCUCGACUUCGCAACAAGAUCCCAAAUAACAAGGGAGGCCAUCAGUUUGGUGUGUGAGGCAGUACCUGGCACCAAAGGAGCACUGCGCAAAAAAAAGCCCCCCUCGAAAGCACUUUCUAGCAUUUUGGGGAAAAGUAACCUGCAGUUUGCUGGCAUGAGCAUCAACCUGAACAUCUCCAUCAGCAGCUUAAACCUAAUGACCCCCGACUCCAAACAGAUAAUAGCCAAUCACCAUAUGCAGUCGAUAUCCUUUGCUUCUGGUGGAGAUCCGGACACCACUGAUUUUGUUGCUUACGUAGCAAAAGAUCCAGUUAACCGCAGAGCCUGUCAUAUUCUGGAAUGUUCCGAUGGUCUGGCCCAGGAUGUGAUCAGUACGAUAGGUCAGGCGUUCGACCUGCGCUUCCAGCAGUACCUUCAGUGUCCCUCCAGCAAGCUGUCAGCUAUACACGAUCGGGUACUGAGUGUAGAGGAGCCUACAUGGACUGAGGAAGGAGAGGAGCCUCCUGAUCACUCCUAUUAUAACAACAUCCCUGGCAAGAUGCCCCCUCCUGGCGGCUUCAUCGAUGCACGGUUAACCAAUCAGACAGCAGAGAGCAGCCAGGGGGCUGGAGUAGACCAGAUUUACUAUCAAGGCAGGCCUAUACUUGUCCAACAAGGAUCUUGUGACAUAUACAGUUUGCCUGAGGUCAAAGGUCAGAGCCCUAAGCUGGGCGAAGUUCCUACAUACGUGAACACGCAGCACAUUGAUCCACAGGUACGGGCGGCACUGCACGGGGACUCGGAGGCAGCGUGUGAACCGUGUGGGGGCGCCACAGCCAAAGACAGCCCAAGGAAAGAUCUGUUCGACAUGAAGCCGUUUGAGGAGGCGAUCGUGACUCAGUCUCCAUCAACGUCAGUGUCUGCGUUGAAUAAGGCUUCGUCAGUGGAUAACUGCAGUCCGGUGCUGACGCGCUCGGCCCUGCGCUCCCUCCCCGAGCUCGAGCAGCAGAGCUGGUACCACGGAGAGAUGAGCCGACACAAUGCAGAGAAACUCCU